AUGAAUGGGACAACUAAAGGUUUCUUUCCAGGAGGCCGUGGCAUAAGACAAGGUAAUCCAUUAUCUCCUUAUAUGUUUAUUAUUCAACAAGAGAUCCUCACUCGGAUGAUUCAUUGUAGCGUGGCUGAGCAUAGAUUUGGGCAAUUUCAGCAGGGUAGAGGUACGUCUAUUAUUUAUCAUUUGAUGUAUGCUGAUGAUGUGGUUAUUUUUUCUAAUGGGAGCCAAAGAUCGGUUCGGGAGCUUCUAAGUAUUCUAGGACAAUAUGAAAGAUGGUCGGGACAAGCCAUCAAUAAACAUAAGUCUGCUAUGUUUUGCUCCAAUAAAAUUUUCCAUUCACGGAAGAGACGUCUUCUUCGCACCACUAGUUUUGUAGAGGGUCAUUUUGCUCUCAAAUAUCUUGGAGUGCCCAUUAUAUUGGGUCGUCUUAAGCAAAUUCCUCAAGUUGUCAUAAAUAAGAUUCAUCAAAUGAUGAGUUCGUUCUUUUGGGGCGAGUUGAAUGGGAAGGAUAAGAAGAAAUGGGUAGCCUGGAAACAUAUGGGUAUGCCUGUGGCAGAAGGCGGUAUUGGGGUGAGGCUUCUUCAUGAGGUUCAGACAGUCUUGCACAUGAGUUAUAAAUGGAGAGUUAAAGAAGGAGAUAUUUAUUUUUGGUAUGAUAAAUGGUGGGAUAAUGGUCCUUUAAUAAAUGAAUUGCCUCUUGUGGGUCAACCUUUGAUGAAAAUCAAAGAAUGCCGUUUGUCUGAUGGAUGGGAUGUGAACUUGCUUGAAAAUUUAGUGGGAUUAGAGAAUGUUGAUGAUAUCCUUGUCUCCUUAUCUGGUCCUAAUUCGGGUAAGGAUGUUCUUGUCUAG